GCAGCAGUGUUUUCUUUCUCUACUCCUCCAACAUGGCGGCUGCCAGGAGGUUGAAACGCGUGGCGGCUUCGCAGCCAGGCUUUUUAAGUUUAAAGCACUCUUCAGACCCGUCGAGUUUGGUCAGCAGUCGGAGAAAACGCGUCAACAAAAACAAGAAAAAGAACUGGGGCAAACACAGCGACAUAAACGAUGUAGAGGAGUUUUUAGAAGACGUCAGGCUUCAAGAGAGGACCACCGGCGGUCUGCUGUCUGAGAAGUCUGAUGACAGUUUGUUCUUUUUGGAUGUUGGGAAACCAGAGAAACCUGAACAGAAAGCACCAGAGCCAGAGCCAGUCACAGGGAAGAAGAGGAAAGGAAAGUCACAGCGUCCCCUGAGGAUAGACCUGAUCCUCCAGCACGACUCCCAAGUACCACCACCUAAAGAUGUGCUGUCCUACCAGCAACCAAAUGCCAAGAAACUCCGGCGCAUUGCCCAGAAGGCAGAGCAGCUGGCAGGCAAAGGUGUUGUGCCACGGAGGCAGAAACAGCUGCUGAACAGACGGCCUGUGGACAGGACGGUCAAGAAGGCAGUGACAGAGGCUAACAACAACCCAAACAGAGACUACUAUGACAUAUGGGGACAACAGUCCAAAGAAUCAGCUGAUCCUUGGUAUCUUCAACAGACGGGCAAGAAGCGCAUUAAGCGUCCAGAGAAGUUGAACGAGAAGCCGUCCGUGCUCCCGGCUGUGGAGGUGAUCGCUCCUGGAGGAUCAUACAACCCAGACUUCUUCUCUCACCAGGCAUUGCUUCAGGAGGCCCACGAAAUAGAGGUCAAGAAAAAAAAGGAAGAGGACAAAAUCGAGAGACAGCUGGCUGUCAAGAAAGAAGACAAAGCUACAGAGGAGGUGAUUCUUCGUGAGCAGGUGGAAGGUUUGGUAGAGGAGGAGAAUGAAGAAGAGGAGGAGGAAGCAGCAGCAGCAGCUCCCGGUGAGGACGAGGAGGACGCAGCAGUGGGAGCCAUCUCACAGGCAGAGAAGAAGACUGAGAGACAGAGGAAGAAGGAGAGGGCAGACAAACUUAAGGUGCAGCGACGACUCGCUCAGAAAAAGCAAAUUGACGGUCAGCAGCAGCUCUUCCAGCUUCGCUCCAUAAAGGCUUCAAUCAAACAGCAGGAGCAGAACACAGAGACCAAACGGGUCCAACGCAAGGCCAACCAGGAGGCCGAGAAAGCUCAGCCCAGACGCCUCGGCAAACUCAAGUUCCAGCCUCAGGACCUGGAGGUUCAGCUGAGUGACGAACUGGCUGGCUCCCUGCGACGGCUCAAGCCAGAGGGCAGCGUCCUCAAAGACCGCUUCAAGAGUCUGCAGAAGAGGAACCUCAUCGAACCCAGAGAAAGAGCCAAGUUCAAGAGGAGACUCAAGCUGAAGUAUGUGGAGAAGAGAGCCUUUAAGGAGAUCACUUAGAACCAGCCCACAGACCACAGGAGCUGGGGGACAUUUAAAACCACAAACGCAACAUAAUGGAACUGUGUACAUAAAAUAUAAUGACUCUUGAGGGUCCGCUUGAGUCUUUCAGAUAACUGCUAACAACUAUAAUGUCGCCUGCAAGAGUGAUAUAUAAAUUGUGAUAAUUGUUUCAA